GGCCGGCCGGGUACGCCAUGCAAUACAGGCCUACAUGCGAUCAACCCUUGACAUGAACCUUGCCGCGGUGUCUGAACUUCCGAAUUUCCCCAACCAGAUUUGUACGGCUUCUUCCCCGUUUUGUCUACUUGGCUACGCUAGUUUACAACUUGUCACCCUAGCCAAUGAUGUGAUCAUACGAGCUACCAUGUCCCUGCGGCGAAAAUGUUGAUUAUGUCGGUGAAGAAAAAGUCAAGACGUAAGGGAAACUGCUCGUUCCUUUUGAAGAUGGAAAGUGGUCACCAAAAACUUUUCGACAUUGUACGUGUGUAGUCGUGUGGUAGUGUGAUUGUCCUGCGGCUUAAAAGGAAGUUAAGUGGAUGACGAAGUCAGUUUUGUUUAUGUUCAGUGAACAUGGUGAAUCAUGGAUUUGUGAUCAGCCCUCGUAUAAACGUGAGUGUCACUGUCAGUGUCAUUGAACAUGUUGAACGUCAACAAAUUAUUAACACGUGAAUGAUGAAGUCGUAGUGGUUAGGCUUAAUCAGCUAAUCAUGAAAUUUAUCUUGAUUCCUGCCACUGGAAAGAUUAAUCAUGCAGGCCUAGUAUGUCACUAAAUAUAUGUAGUUCUCGGAUUUGUGAUUAAAGGGUUAAUAUAAGGCAUAAGACUAGUACAUUUACUUGCUGUCUGCAGUCUGUGUCGUUCGCAGUAGAUGAUGUUUUAUUAAUAAGAGCAGUGAUCACAUUGCAGCUGAUUGGAUGUCACCUGACUUGCGUUGGUUGCUGUGCAGUGCUGUGACAAAUAUUAACCAACUUCAAUAAAACAUCAUUGUAUAGAUAGUUGGUGUUCUUGCACCGGAGCACAUUUCAAUGUGUGGACUGAUCGACCAAGCUUAUUUUAUCGCGAAAGUCAGUGCUGGACAAGGGACAGCUUACAAUCAUCAUCAUGAGCCGUGGUGACGGUAAGCGUUUGGCUCGUCUGUGGUGGGAUUUUGAAUGGCGGGUGGCCUGGGUUUGCGUACUGCUGUGGCCUUGUUUACUACUUUGCCUCGUUGGUCAAGCUGGGAGUUUCGAUCCGCGACAGCGCUUCCCGCAACUGAACAGGCACGGAAUGCUUCCAGCACUGAUGGGAAAAAACCGAGGCCCAAGGCACGGCAUGGAAAAAGCUGCCCAAGUAGCCAUGCCGCAGAAAAUGGGUGCCCCGAAACCAAAAAUGCCCCAAACAGGCAGGCGCGCAGCCCCGGAACAGCCACGAGUAAGAUACGAUCACGAGCUACCAAGAAACUCAGAAGAGACGCGAUACAAGUGGACGGAAAACCAGCGGGCAUUUUUCACCUGCCCAAAAGACAGCUUUAUCGCUGAGAUAACUUACCGCUUUGACGCGGUUCAGUCACAACUGGUCAAGCCCUUUGGCUGGGGUGCCAACACAAACAUUUACACAGUCAGGGACAAGUUUGCGAAGAACCUAUCCCCAGAGAAAACAACAGUUGCAUUUCUACGGCAGCCGCAGGACAACGAGGGCGGUAUGAACGAAGCGGAGGCAUUCCGAGAUCUCGUGAAUCCUCCUGUGGCCCAGUCGCCCCUGACAGAAACUGGUUGUGAUCCGGUUCUAUUAUGCCUCGGACACCAAGCGUGCCUGUUCAAAGUGACUGUGGACAUGUGUGCCUGUGACCCGGUCCCUGGCAAACGGAAAAUGUUUUUCAUUAGCGUGCGAUGUGCCAAAGACAGUACGCUGUCCACCUAUCUCUGGUCAAGGGAAGAGCCAGUCUUAAGAACCGAAAUGAACCAAGUCAUGCACAUGGAUCAUGACGACAAAGCGUCUAACCGACAUGUGGCUCAAAUUCUCCUUCACACGAUGCCGGAAGAAGAGAUUUUUAACGUGGACUGCCCAAAAGCAAGCCUAGCCCCCCAUCAUGGGUUUGGUGGUUGGUGCACCUUGGAGCCUCCACCACAGAUAGAGAUAGCCAACUACCUCUGGCCAACAAUAGGAAGGGUUCCUGACAGUUCCUGCAGGACGGAGCUAGUUGAAGCCUACUGUGCUUAUCACUACAACACCAGCGGGGGAUGUAUACCACCAGCAUUCAUAGACAAACCUGAAAAUGGGCGGUUUUUGAAACCAGGCGACAUGCCGUUUAGCAUGAGGGCCAUUCCCAAGACGGGCAUACGUCCAGACUUGAGUGAGCACGAGAAAGUAUUGUCUGAUCCUAAAGUUAGUCUGGUUCCGGCCAAGCUCGGGUUUCUUAUUCUGGCUCACAACAAUCCGGAUGCAGUGGAGCAACUACUAAAAGCCAUCUACCGACCCUACUUUUUCUACGUUGUCCACGUGGACUACAGAGCAGAUCAAGUCAGACAGGCUCUUGCUGAGAAAGCAGAAAGGAUAUGUUUUUCCUAUCAGAACAUCCGUGUUCUUCCCAAGGAGCGCUCGUUUGUUGCCUCGUGGGGUUCCUACAAUAUCGUCCGAGCUGAACUUGAGGGUUUUGAGGAGCUACUUAGGAUGGGGGCCUGGGAUUUCGUCAUUAACCUGAGCGGGUCAGAUCUUCCAAUCAGAGACGUGGACGACGUGGCAGCCAUGUUGGCAUCAGCGAGAGGUUCUAACUUUAUGAGGCAGAAUGGCAAUUGGAACGAUCGGUCUGACAAACCAACAGACUUCACUGUCUGGUACGGCUGUGGGGGUCAUGUAUACAACGUCUCAACUCGUGGUAGACGGCCUGCAUGGACUGAUAUGCACAGCGCUUCACAAUGGGCUGUCUUUUCCAGGGAUUUCACCGAUUUGGUUGUUGGUCACAAGCGCGGGCCUAAGAUGGAUAGUAUCCAGUAUUUCAGCAUGACUAGUAUUAUUCCAGACGAAUCCUACAUGGCCUCCAUGCUCAAGAUCUCUCCAUACAGGGAAACAUACAUCCAUUAUAACCUGCAUCACCUGAAGUCGUUUGCUCGGAAGGACGACCGCGGUUUCUGCCGUCACACCGAAGACAUUGAUUUCUGUGGACAGGGUCCAGGGACCUUUGAAGCUCAAGACAUCGACACGAUAGGAAACUUGGCCCACAAUCUCUUCUUUGCUCGUAAGUUUGAUGGAGUUGUCACCAACCCGGUCCGCCUAUUUGCCUUGGAGUUGAGCUCUGGAAAGUAUUACUCCGAUCUUCUAAAGACGCGCAUCACCGAGGAGUUUGUGAGGCAGUUAGUGACCCUCGCCCUGCAGUCAGAGUAUGGCGCCCUCUAUGCCUCAGAGGUGGAGAUUGAGGCGAUACGUAAGCUGCGUAUUUUCCCCCAGCUCCUGCCGCUAGACCCUUGCUGUCAGCCCAUCUACAACACAAAGAACAGACUCGUCAAAGACUUGCGCUACUGGAUCGAUUUCUCUCUGGUGGAAAUAAAAACUGGGGAGCGAAGAGUACUGAGGGCCUCAUUUGUGCCACAGAGUCGAACCCAGUGUUUCAGUCGAGGACACAUCAAGGGAUUACAUCUGACAACAAAACCUGCAGAGGCAUCGAAAACGCAAGUGAAGGGAGGGCUCCCUCUAGCUACAGAGGAGGCGGGAGGGGCCUCAUUGUACAUGGCGUCAUUCAUCAAUAUUAAUGAGAAGAUUAUGCCAGCACCAACAUGCAAUGAAGUGGAAUCGUUACCUGAUGAUAGUUUUGAGGGUCGUUCGCCCGAUAGUUUCUCCUACGCUUCCUUCCCGCUCAACAAGGAUUCUAAGAAGCUUCACUUCAACGCAAGCCUGGUGGAUCCACAGGGCGAGAUCAAGUGUCUGGUAGAGGUCAUCAUUACAUGGAAGACACCGCACGCAUCCGUGCAAAAGUCUGAUACCGUGCGGUACAUGAACACCCUGAACUGUGGCCCAUUGGAGCCAGGCCUGUGGACGCUGGUAUUGUUUCAGAGGGGAGUCAAGGAACCGUUCCCUUACACAGUUCAAGUCUUCCUGACAGAGCCUAAGCCACAAGGAUGGAUGGAUUUCAAGAAAAAGGACGGCAAAAAUGAUGAGCUGCAUGGUAUAUGGAUGACUGAAGAGAUCCGUGAACUCAGUGACGCCGAGAUCAAGCAGGCGGAAUAUACUGCGCAGAAGCUCCCAGACGCUGACGAUUUCGGUGAUGGUGACGGAAUUAUUGUGAACCACGGUAACAGCAACCCUGGCGCCGUCAAUGCACGAUUUGAUGAGUUUGGCCACGAGGCGGACUACAAUAAGGCACACGGCGAGCAAGAGGUGGGCAGGGAAGGAAACGUAAAGCGCCCUCAUGAAGCCGAUAGUGAUGACAGAGGCGCGGAAGAAGGGGCAGAGUAUCAGGAAAGGGUCUUUGCUGACCCUAAUAAUGAACUAGACAUUCCCCGCGGCAUGCACCGACGGCACGGUCACCUGGACGGUCUGAAAGCGCCCCCACAGGAGGGGCAGCAACUCAAUAACCCCGCCCCUAAUAGGGCUGAACAGCCCAGGGUGGCGGGAGGGGCCCUAGAGCCCCAUGUGAAUCCCCACCGGGUUCCAAAAAAACUGAGGUCAGUGGACGGAAAGGACAUUUUGGGCCGGCAUUUGAAAAACGACCCAGGUCUACUGCAGAUUCGACAGAUCGACCCCGUUCCAGUUUUUAAAAAGCAGUCUCCCGCUGUAUCAUUUUUGGAGUUUCUCGUUAUAUCAGCCUUAAUAUUUGUUUUUAUAAAAGGGGUCUUAGUUCCGCUUCACAUCGUCAAGCGAGGGAGCGGUGGCAUCAAAUCCUUCGGCACAUUCCUGGUAGUCAUCACGUUAAUCCAGUUUACCAUUUACCUAAUCUUCACCAUGACAGUAACCAGCUAGUACACAAUGACCUCUCACGUGUGAACUUUGACACCCCAACCUGUGAACUUUGACAUCAACUUGUGACCUUCGACCCAGCCCACAAGUUAUAGGACAGCAGCAUGGAGUCUGGGUUAAUACAGUUUCCAACCAUGGGGAAAAGUCGCAGACCAUGGGGAAAAGUUGCAAAGAAAACCCUCAAAAAAAAUAACCAGGAUGAAAUGGAUGAAACUUGUUGUAUACAUAUAUGUGCUAUGCCCUGUGACUUAAGCACCCUGCAAAUGUUACUCUUGUUCUAAUUUGAUAGUGUACCCUCUUGACUUAAAGAACUUGUUGAAGAAAAUGUUUCAUUUCUAAAAUUUGUUAAGUUAUGUAAUAAAGAAGCCUAUCAAGAGCCAAAACAAAUAACACGUAGCCGACUGGGUAAUGCAUUGUUGAACGGACUUGAAAGAUGUCAAAUACCUCAUUUGAAAUCCUUGGAUGUAUUUAUUCAGCAAAUAUUUCUUAAGAGUUAACAAAAUCAACUAUAGAAAUGCAAACAUUGCUUGGUAUUAAGUUGAAGAUUGUACCACGAAUAUGCCACAUUUCAGCAGUUUCAUGAGGCACGUUUUGAGGAAUUUCUCUACAGCCUUUUGUCCCCUUUGUACGAGGAAUCUUUCCUGGAUGUCAACAGAGUACAUGAUUAGUACACAGAGACAAAAAACCUGGUUGAGGUCAAUGACCCAUGAUGACCUUUGACCUGUUGGCUGUCCCUUUGCAUUAGUAUUUGUACUUAGAUAAAUGUGCAUUUUAUUUUUGUUGUGACGACUGCAGAAUGAUCUUUAAUUUACUUUCUAUCUUACAAUUUCACCUUUUUUUCUCUCUCUCUUUCUGAGAUUGCACUGUAGAGUUGUCAUUUCGGGAAGGCAAUUUUUUUUUAAAGCAAGCAAAGUAUGUGAAUCUUUUCUUGUCUGUAUUUCACCACCGGUACUAAAAAUCUAUAUCAUUACUUAAUUUUUGUUAUCUAAAAGUAUAUUUUUUAAAUUGAUGGAAGUAGUGUGUUUGGCAUGAUUACUUACUGACGAAAUUUAGACAGUAAAUGUACAGCAAGUAAAGUGUCUAAAUAUGCUGUUCUGCUUAUGCCGUUUUGCCCGUCAAUGCAAAAAUGUUACAUGCACAUGGAAUACUGGUAUAUGCAAAAUGGCAGUGUACUUUUUCUUUUCUAGUGUGGCCCUCAUUCAGAAGGGGAAAAAAUGACUCUUUUGUUUUAGUAAAAAUGACAUUACAUUUAGCAUAUUUGGGCAUACUGAGAACAACAUGGUAUGUUAAAGUAAACGGAAAAACAGAUAGGCCUAGAAACACAAAUGGUAACUUUUUAAAAAGGUAGCUUUUUUUCAAAAGUUUUGCAUCACAUUAGUCAUCUUCAAUGAUUUCACAAGUGUGGGAAAUAAACAAGUAUUAAAGUGCCUGCACAUGCUACGUACACGGUACAUGUAUAGCUGCACUCCUCCCCUUGUACGCUUACGUUCACCGUGAAGUGCCUGUGCAUACGCUUAGAUGUUUGUGCAGUUGCUUGGAGACUACAAAACUAUGUUUCUGAAAGAUUGAUGAAAAGGAUUCCAUGAAAGGUUGUGUAAAGUACAGGGCUGAUGGCUAAAAAGUUUGAAAAGAGUUGGUUAUUGUCCUUUUGAUAAAUUCACAGAGCUGCUUAAGGAGCAACAUUCCUGGAUAUUUUGACUCGUAAGUCCCUGUUCAGUGUCAUGAGAACAAACUUUUCUCAACUUGUUGUUUGUCGCUCCACAGAAAGUGGUGCCCUGCUCAGUCCCAACAGUCUAUUCCGGUGAUUGGAACCAGGGGCAAGUGCCUUUUGGUUUUAAAACAGACUCUGGCAUCUGAUCAGUUGAAACAAAUACUUGGAUAUUCACAUCAAUUUUGCAGUUAUUAUACAAAGAUGUGUUUUUGCAGUUUGUUGCCCGUGUAUCCCACAGCCCACCAAAGUUGUUACUUUUUUGUAUAUUUCUUUGGGUUUCUUUUUUAUGCAUAUAUCAGUCUGUCAUAAGGCAUGAUUUUUUCUUGUUUUAGUUAAAGUUUUCUUAAAAUGUCGGGAGAAGGUUUUUAUUAGUAAACUAUAUAAGCAGUCGUCUUGAAGAAAAGUGUACAUAAACAUUGUGCCAAACAAAAAAAUGUACAAAAAGCUCUUUGUCAAAUUUUAUAACGUAAGCAUGACCAAAAAUUCAACAUUUGAAAAUGAAAUAAUAUGGUUCUUUUUUAAAGAUGAACCAAAGUGAAGACACUUUUAUUCAGAGGGAGAAUAGAAUCGCAAUCUCUAAAAAUCUAACCCAGUAGUCCCACAAUUUGGCUUUAAAUGCUUAAUGUCGCCCUUUUUCCCUGCCUUUAUGAAAUAGUUCAACUAUAGCUUUUACCAAACUUUCAGAGUAUUUUUGGCAUAUUUUUGUGGAGACCUUUUUUCUACCUAAUGACACUUUCUAUUAGGUUUUCUCUUGCAGUUUUGCGUUCCUUAAGAACGUUAGGUACAUCACAGUGAUUGUACAUGUGUAUCCCACCAUUUAAGAUUGCAAAGUUUAUUAUACAGAGAUUGAAAACAAAAAUCAGUGGCUUAAAAUGUUGUGCUGUAAUCACGAAGCAAACAGGCACAUACCACCGACAUGUCUGAUUCAGCAAACUUUAACUGUCUCAAUCAUGUUUUUCAAUUUUAAUAUAUGAAAUACAGGUACUUUACUGUGUUUAUUUUGUUGAUUUAAAAUGAAGUGAUUUUGUGUUGAGUAAAUGGUGCCCAUGAUUUGUAGAUACAUGUAAUUACUUUACAAUUCCAAUCAAAUGUUGAUUAUUACAUUUUUUUGCCCGCUUUGUCCUAGGCCAUUUCAUACGAUUGCAGAUGUAAAAGCAUUGCCAGUAUUAUGACGUCAACAUUGUUGUUUUUGGUAAAUCCAGGCCUAUUUGUUUGGCUUCCCUCCCUGUAAGUGUUCAAAAUUUGUGUAAAAAUUGGACGUUGAUUGCAAGGAAUAUUCUUCAGUCACCAUUUCCCAACCAUCCCAAUUGUUUGGUUUUGUUUUCAUCUCGCCCUUCACAAGUAAACUUAAUGUUUCCACAAUCAAGUUAAUUUAAAUCUGAAAAUUCCGAUUUUGGAAUGACUAGAAAUGGUGCUGUUUUUUUUUCAAAGAUUUGAAAGUUUGUUCACCCCCAUUUCCCACCAAUUUUUUUUUUGUUGGAGCCAUAUUUUUCUCCCGAGAACACCCCGUUAAUCACCAUUUUGAUGCCCUAUCAUUCCCACCACCACAAUUGCUUUUACAAUUUUAGUAUUUUUGAGAAAUUGACUAGUGUUUGUUUUUCCUUUUUUUUCCAAAAUCAGUUUUGCAAAUGUGCAAUACUGUCUGCCGCUGACAAUAAAGCAGACAUAACGAAAAACGAAGAACGAAGCAAAGCUUGUAUUUUUGAGUGCAUUAAAAAAAAAGGAAAUUUCAAAAACUAAUUUUGACUAUUAUGCUCAACAGUUAAGUUCUGUUUUAUCUUCAAUACAUUUUACCUAUAUAGGUGUAGUUUGUACGAAUAUUCUCAGUACAUUUGUAAAGAAUAACUGAUUUAUGUGUAUGCAAAUUUGUUCAAUUGAUUUUAAUUAUAUGAAAGACCUGACUUAAGGGCUGAUGAUUGUAAACACAGUUAACUUAUAGGUAAAACUCAAGAAAAGUGCUAUUUUUUACUGGUAUUUUUUAUCACUUUUUAAUAACCAAACCUACAAAUAUUAAGCCACUUUUGUGAUUUUAAAAGCUGCAACGAGACUUCCCACUAAUGUCUUUAAAAGAAAUCAAUGCUUUAAGAAAAACGGUGUUGUAAGUUUAAAUUUCGUCAAAUGAUACUUGGCUUUACUUAAUUUAAUUGUUUACCAACUUUGGCCGCUUUUGUCCAGAAACGAGAUGGCAUAAAAGCUGGUGGUUUCAACAAAUGGUCAUUCAUUUUUGUGCGAUUGCUUAAGUAUGUAGGAUUUUCUCCUUUUUUUUGAAUGAAUGAAUGAUUUAUACCACAAGUAUUAACAAAAAAAUAAUGGGGAAAGGAAGGAUUAAAAGGUAUAAAUUUUAAAA